CUAAGCGACGUCGUCAAAGAAGCAGAACGCCAUCAGUAUUUUCAGUCGAUAGAUACCGCGUCUCCGAAGUUUUUUGUUCUAUUUAGAGCAAGGUUACUCCAUUAUGGAUCAUCGUGACCAAAAACGGUCAAUAUCAAGAACAAGAGAAGAAUUUUCUCAUAUUCCACAUGGAAGAACCUCCUUGCCUUCUAGUACAGAGACUGUGACGUCAGAGAGGUCCCUCAGUGGUAUACAGAGACAACCGUCAUUUAUGAACACGCUUUGCCCUUCACCAACCGAUGAUACAAAUCGACCGAGGCCAAGCAGUGGCCAUUCCUCUACUUCCCUAUAUACAGUAAUCAAUCGCCAGAGUCCCGACAGUGGCAUGAAAAUGACAACGCAAGAUAAAGUUAAAACUACUUCGACGUCUGAACAAACAUGUUUAUCGGCAGAGCAGGUAGCAGAUACAACACAACGUGGCUCUAAUAUGGAAAUGUUGCACAAGACAAAUUGCGAAAAAGACCAAAUGAAGUCAUUCUCAGUACAAAGACUGGGCAACGAAUUCAAACCAACUCCAAACCUCGGCUCCCAAUCCUCAGAGUCGACAGCCGGCCGCCAUUCAACUACUGGGGUCAGUGACGCAAAAGCGGAUAGGAGAAGAAAAAGAAGAGAAAAGAAAGAAAGAGAAGCCAAUAAGAUGGAAGAGGAAAGAAAGAAAGUUCAAAGCAAACUAGAAGCUGAAAGAAUGAUGGCAGAACUUUCAAGAAACAGGUCAAUGUUCAAUGGGAAUAGAGACACACUUCCAGCCAUCGGAGAGAAAACAGCAGAGGUAAAAUUUUACAUCGGAAAGUUGCCAAAAGUCAAAGAGCCUAAGAAUGACGACCAAUCUUUACCAGACAACAAUGUUCUAGACGUCAUCAAAAAGCACGAGACACAAGUCCGCACUACCACUUUUCUGAAAGAGGUCAGUCAAGAUUAUAUCAAUGCAGGCGCCGAACUAAUAGAGCCUUACAACUGGAACGGGGCCAUUGACGUCAUCGAGAAGCACGAAGGAGACGUUGGCAGAACAUACGCCAUGUAUAGCGGAAAUUACACAACCGGAAGUAGUAAUUCUACCAACAGCGUCUGCCAACCAGCGUCCGCAAGAUCUAGAUGCUCCUCUGGAGUAUCUAGGCGGGGCGCAGCUUAAUUCCGUACUAUUCGUCAUGCAUGCUCACUUUUCUUUCUCAUUUUAUUUAUCUCCUUUUUUUGACAUAAGAAUAAUAUUAAAGGUACAACAUUUUAAUUGCUAUAAAAACAUAUUAACGGUAACUGAAAAUAUGAAAACGAUUUCGGACAGUUAUAAAGAUUAUUUUAUAACCAAUUAAUAAUAUGCAUUUCUUUUUAUUACAGAAAAAUGUCUGGCAGUCUGCUAGAGAAAAUAUUAUUUUAAUUAGUGGUUGGUGUACGUUAUAUAUGCAUAAAUUUGAAAAGAAGUUUUAAGUUAUAAUGAAUAUUUGAUUGCUGCAUAUGACAGAGAGACAGAUCUGUAGAUAAAAAGAAGUUUUCUAUCUUUUUAUCAAAGGGUGUCCAUAGACUUAAUUAUCUCGUUUUUACCAUCUUUAGUAAAAGGGAUUUUAUGGAUACACUCGUUAAAUUUGCAGCAGUGUUCUUUUUCUGACUCCCUGUAUGGCAACCGCAUUUUUUUCGACCAAAAUACGAACUUCAGUACAUUAUUUUUUUAAUUAUGCAGCAUUGUUAAUUUUCCAAGGAAACAUUUUGUUUCAUUUUUUUCAUACCUUUUAUGUUACCAAUUACUAAAAUUGCUAUUUCCUUAACAUACAUUACUGUAACAUGCAGUACUACUUGCCUAGCUACCAAACAUACACCAACUUCAAAAUUUUCUCAUAACAUUAUCGUCGUAAUAACCUAUUGUGAGCAUGCAUGACAUACAAGUUGUAACGGAAUCAUUUCAUCUAUUAUUAAAAGAAAUUAGACAAUUUUUCA